CUUCGUUCACUCCAUCUUCUUCCUUCCCCUCGCCUCCCCACCACAGGAAAGCUUCCGUCUUUCCCCAUUUCCCAUCGCCUCCCCAGCAAACCCAAUUUUCAAACCCUAGAUCCAUAAAAAGAAAAAAAAACUCCAAACCUAGACCUCCACGCCGCCCCCAUGACGACCCGACGACACCACAGGCAUGGUGAUCUCUACAGAGAAGUCCCCGUCACCCAGACUAGGCGACGCUCUCGUCUGGUGGCUCUUCCCGACGGCAGUCAUAUCCUUGACCCUCACGGCGAUGCCAACGAGGUAUCUCGACUCUUGAGAUAUGCACACUUGGGCGACUACUCCGACCUCCACCACCCGAGACCAAGCGUACCAGAUGGACGCAUGGAAGUCGUCCGCUCCGACAUCCAGACGAGGCCCUACGAUCGGCCACAGCCUCCACAGUGUGAGCCAGAGAACAUGGCCUCAAAUCAGUCGGUCGAUAGCUCGUCUAUCACCAACACUUCCUCAUCCUCCAAGCAGGCAGAUUUGGUAACUCAUGACGUCUCACCAACAUCAACGCACUCGUCUCCACUCAUCUCAGCUCGAAAACCUUCUGGUUGGCCUAUAGAGCUUUUCAUCAGAAUUGAUCUGGGGGGUUCUUUCCACACGUAUCCUUGUCUGGGGGGGCCAUUCCGGAGCUUGGAGGAAGCUGAAGAUGCCAUCAAAAGCCAUCUUGAUGGCCUGCGCUCUCCACUAAUGCGCAAAGAUAAGAUUUCGCCAGAGGAAUUUGCGGUACGAUAUCGCCUUUACUGGCCUGAUGGCACGAGGAAGAUGUCGUCCAAAUGCAAUUAUGAAAGCAGCAAUAGGAAGCUAUUGGUUCAAGCUUUACUCGAUAAAUACAAUGAAGAUCACCAUCUUUUGGGGGAUCUUGCAUAUGAACUUGAUGAUGUUUUGAGCUUCCGACAAAUUUUUGAGGAGGAGGGCUGCCUUGUUAACAUGUUCUAUCAUAUCAAUUUGGCUGUAAAAAUCAAAGGAGAUGAUGGUUUUCACAACAAUAUAUUCUUUGCUGAAGUCACACGAAUAAAAGGCGAAAAUGAAGAAUACGUGCUCAAUUGUUUCUGUAUGGUUAAACCUAUUGACAAUGGCCGAUGCUCAGGUUGUACGAGGUAUGGACAGUAUGAUUUGAAGCACCCAGCUGAUGCUGAUAAAUACAAAGGUGGCCACUCUACCCCGUUCAUCCAAUGUUGUGGUGUAGAUUGUAUUCCUUCCAUGGUCCUGGAUAGACCUGGAUACAUCCAGAAUGAGAAGGAUUGUUCGGAGGCGGAGAAGGCUAUGUUGGCGGCGGAGGAGGAGGCUAUGUUGGAGGAGGAGGAGGCUAGGAUAAGAUAUAUAUACAAGUGCCCUGGUGAUUCUCCUAUUCAGGCAAAAUCAGAUGGUGAAAAAAUGCCUGCUGGUUUGGCCAAGAGAGGAGAGGGUGCUGGUUUGGCCAAGAGUGGAGGGGGUGCAAAAUUGGAUGGUGCAAAGAUGACUGCUCGUUUGGCCAAGAGAAGAGAGUGUGCUGGUUUGGCCAAGAGAGGAGAGGGUGCUGGUUUGUCCAAGAGUGGAGAGGGUGCAAAAUUGGGUGGUGCAAAGAUGACUGCUGGUUUGGCCAAGAGAAGAGAGUGUGCUGGUUUGGCCAAGAGAGGAGAGGGCGCUGGUUUGGCCAAGAGAGAGGAUAACCAGGGAAGCGUGAAGUACAUUGUACCUGCUAGACGUGGGUUGAUGAUUUGAGUAUCCCCUCAGGUCCCUUUCCACUCGUGGACUUGACUCCAAUUGAUGGCUAAGACAGCAUAGCAAUCUAUGGGGAUGUACACCAUCUAUCAUAAUUGCUGCUUUUUAAAUUUCCAGUAUCUUUUCAGAAGUAUUGAACUCGUUGUGCAUCAUCAUUUGGAAUGUCGUCGCUGUAGUUGUAGCAUUGUAUGAUAAAGUUUGGUCGGAUUUUAUAUUAACAUGUAUGAUAAAAGUUUGGUCGGAUUUUAUAUUAACAUGUAUGAUAAAGUUUGGUCGGAUUUUA